AUGACUCUAAGAAGGAGCACCAUGCUGAUUGCUCUUCUCGUUGUUUUGCUCGCCUUUUCAGGCCCAAUCAAAGGAGAAGAUGACUUGGGCGGAGGUGAUGGCGGUGACUUGGCCCCUCCUCCUAACCCAGGGGGCAGUCAUUUGUCUCCUCCACCUCCUCCAUCUCCAAAGAGCCAUCCACCUCCACCUCCAAAGACUGAUUUGGCUCCUCCUCCAUCUCCAAAGACCAAUCCACCUCCACCUGCACCGAUCCAGCCGCCACCAGGCCCCUGUGCGGAAGUGAGGUGGUACAAAGGGCCGUGCGUCAACAUGGUUUGCGCGGCCGCUUCUAUCGCAGAGUUGCAUCAGGGCGGCCACUGUCGUGGGCAUAUUUUUACUGGUGGUUGCUAUUGUUUCGUGUGUUCGGUAGCAAAGUCUAGCCCAUCAUUACAUUGA